AUGAGCAGCCAUCUGUGGAAAGCCUUCUAUGAAGACGAUGUCGACACCUUUCGGCAGCUGUUGGAGACCGCGGCCAACAAUGGUCGGCCUCACGCAUCAAGAGCUGGCGGAGGAGGAGGGCCGGCGCAUCAUAUUGGAAGCUUUGGGGGAGGAGUCUCAGGUAGUCCAGGCACUUUUGGAAGCUCCCCAUCGAUGAGGAAUCGCAGGCCGAAUAACCAUGCGGGAUUCGUUGUAUCGAAAGCUGAGAUGAAUUCGAGGGAUGCUCUGGGCAUGACCCUUUUACACCAUGUUGCUUCGUCUACGUCGGAGAAUGCUGUGGGGUUUGCGACUGCUUUGAUCGAGCAUCCAUAUACGGAUCUCUAUGUUCAGGAUUUGGAGAACUCGUGGACUGCGCUGCAUCGCGCAUUCUACUUUGGCAAUAUCACUAUUGCUAGGGUUAUUCUGGAGCGGGACGCAGUGCGGGCAACUGGCUCUGUGAACCAGCUUGUGAAAGUCAAGGACAAGGAGGGCCUUGGCCCACUCGAUCUUUACGCUGCGACGAUCAAAGACCGGACGCUCAGACCGGAUGCUGGUGGUCGAUCUAGAUCUGGAUCGAUCGGAAGCGAUGAUGAUCGUGCUGUUGGGGACAGUGGCGACCUCGAACAGCCAGCCUCCCGUAUUCGUUUCCUAGAGCUCAACAGUGAUCAAGUGUACUCUUUUGGAAGCAACAACAACAAUAACCUGGGCUUGGGUGAUCAGGAUGAUCGGCAGUUCCCCGAGCGUGUGAACAUUCGACGACCCGAACAUCUCAUCAAGCGAUUCUACGAAGAACAUCUAGAGCGAGAGCAAGGGAAGUGGUCCGCCCACGAUUUAUCCUACCCGACCAAAACCACAGAUGUAUCGUCUCUGUGGGUUCAAGACAUCCCCUGGAUCGUUCGCUCUCGGCCCAUCAUAAUCCAAGAUGUACACAUGUCGAAACUGCACUCUGCAGUUCUAACCACCGAUCCGGAGUCGAACCUGUACAUGUGCGGGCACGGAAAGGGUGGUCGGUUAGGAACAGGAGAUGAACGCACCCGCUUCCACUACAGUUGUGUGGAAGGCGGAUCUCUUGCAGGGAAGCGUGUAGCGAGCGUUGCUCUGGGUCAGAAUCAUUCGCUUGCCUUGACAGACCAUGGAGAGGUCCAUUCUUGGGGCAACAAUGGUUACGGUCAGUUGGGAUACGGCCUUCCAAAGAUGAAUACCGAUGAGGAUCCUAUCAGUAUGGUACCGCGCCAGAUCUUUGGACCACUCAAGCGCGAGACUGUAAUAGGCAUUGCUGCUUCGCGGGUUCAUUCCGUUGCGCACACAUCUACUGGCUUAUAUGUCAUGGGAAAGAAUGACGGUCAGCUUGGAAUCGUCGACUCCGAUGCGCGAUCCUUAGACAUUCAGGUCACGCCGCGGAGAGUUGCAGCGUCCUUGUUCGCUGCGCCGAUCGCAGCAGUGACCGCUAUUGAACGGGCUACGGUGGCUCUCCUGGAGAAUCACGACGUGUGGAUAUUUGCAAACUACGGCUAUGCCAGAGUGCAGUUCCCUCUUGAGGGAUUCAGCAACUACUUCUUGAAGCAGAGCUUCCUCGUCACGACUUACGACACUGCUCCGAACAAGAUCAGCAAAAUCACAGCACAAGGAGACAGUAUUUGUGCCUUGUCGACUCGUGGUGAAAUCUACACGCUUUCCAUCAGCCAACGGCCUGAGAAUCAGUCAAGUGCUUCCACUACCAAUCCAGCGAAGAUCAGAAGUGCGAUAACAACGCCUCAGGUCAUCUGGUCUCCUAAGAAGAGUAACAUGGCCGCUCGAGAUGUUGGUCUCGACAUUGAUGGCAGCAUUAUUUUGACAACGGAAGAAGGCAGCGUCUGGAAACGUACGAAGCGUGCAAAGAUCAACGACGCUUCUGCUGGAUCCGCUGCAGAGUACAAGCCAAAAGACUACAAAUUCUCCCGUAUCCCUGGUCUUACUCGGGUGCUAGCUGUUAGAUCUUCAGGUCAUGGCGCUUAUGCAGCCGUCAGACAGGAUUGCGAUGUCAUGAAGACACAAAUUGUGGUAGAGGACCCGACAAUGUGGAAAGACAUGUUUCCCCUACUGUCUCUCGGGCGCCUGCUUAGCGGUCGCGCUGAAGAAGACGAGGACGACUCACGACCUCGAUUCUGGCAGAGUUCGCAGAAGCCAAGCGAGCUCGCAAGAUUGAAGAAGGCCAUUCUCGGAAAUGCAGACAUUGAUGCUGAACUCGCAAGGUUGUUUGACAACAAUUAUGCUGCAUCAGGAGAUAAGCACGAUGCUUUCUUGGCCACGACAACUUGCGACAUCAGGAUUCCUGUGCAUCGCUUCGUCUUAGCUGGCAGAAGUCGUGUGCUUCGGCGCGGUCUGCGCGAUCUGUGUCCGACUAGUACCUUUACGAUUCCGGAUCUGGCACAAUCGGAGCUCGAUGGAGAGCGGCGCCUGGUUGUGACAUUCACAGGGAUCGAUAUCCUUACGAUCCUCGACUUGGCGUUGUACUUCUACACUGACUCCAUCGUCGACUUCUGGAAUUUCACACGCAGCGCCCCUAAAGUCGCAUACAGCUAUCGUCAGGUCCGCACAGAGCUUAUGAAGAUUGCUUCCAAGUUGGAGUUGGCCAAGCUGGAACCAGCCGUACGCCAGAUGGUUGAGCCACGACCUUCUCUCAACGUGGACUUGCACGUUGCUUUCGACGAUCCAGCUUUCUUCUAUGACGGCGAUAUCAUUGCACAGCUGGAAGAUGACCAGAUCAAGAUGCACAGUGCCUUGGUAUGUGCACGCUGUCCGUUCUUCGAAGGCAUGUUCUUGGGUCGCGCAGGAGGUCGAUGGCUUGCUGGCCGGGACACUGCGGAGAACAUUGUUGUCGAUCUCAAGCACAUCAGCUCGAAGACAUUCAAGCUUGUACUUCGCCACCUGUACUGCGACACUGGUGCUGAGCUAUUCGACGAUGUGGUCAGUGUCGUUGAUGUUGAUGACUUCUUGGAGACUGUCAUUGAUGUAUUGGCCGCUGCAAACGAGCUCAUGCUCGAUCGUCUCUCCCAGAUCUGCCAAUCAAUUGCUGGACGAUUUGUGAACGCUCGCAACGUCUGCAGCUUACUGAACGCGAUAUCGCCAAGUUCGGUGGCCGAGUUCAAAGAUGCGGGACUGGAAUACCUCUGCCUCAAUCUGGAAGCUAUGCUACAAGGUCACUUUCUGAACGAGUUGGACGAAGACCUGCUGGAAGAGCUUGACGAAGUCGUGCGUGCCAACCAGCUGGCUUGUAUGCCAUUUGCGAAAAGCGGUCGUGCGGAGAUGCUACUGCAUGAGCGUCACCCAGAGCUCGCUUCUGUGAUCGACCGCAACAGACAAGCCAAGAUCGACUCGGUCGUAUUGCGGACGAAGUUCAGCGACAUGGCCAUCGUCGCACCAGGUUCGCUAGGAGAUGACUUUUCUACGUCACCGAUGCAGCAGAAAUCACGCCGUCGUUCGUCGAACAUUGUGAAAACUGAUGCGGACAGACAGUUGCUGCGGGCCAAGGCAUCUACAAAAGACAUGAUGUUCGACAUGGACGAGGAGCUAGACCCCAAUGCUUCACCACGAGAGUCACCAAGCAUCAGACCGAUGACGAGCCCUCGAGGUCAGGAUCCUCUGUCUUCGACACCGAUUGAAGAUACAUGGUACAGCUCGCGCGGGAAGGUUCUGACCUCCCCAAGACUGGCUGCUCAGUCGUCGACUCCCAGUGCUACMCCGAGGACUCCACGAUCUCCUGAGAUUGCCGGAAAGACUCCAAAUUCUGGCAAGCCAUGGACACUUACGCCACUGGCAGCACGCUCGUCCGGACUCAGGGACAUCAUGGCGCAGACUGCCUCCGGCCGAGAAUCAUCUCUUACUCAAGGCCUGGCCGCAGCCAACAGCUCGCUUUCGGACAUCCCAGCACCGUUCAGCCUUCCCGCACCCAAGCUCUCACAAAUGUCACAGAAAGAUCGAAAGCGCAUGCAGCAUCUCCAACAAUCCGCCAGCACGAGUCCCAAGGCAACUGUAGCACAAUCAGCAUCGCCUUCAUUCUCAUGGCAGACCGUCUCAGCGCAGAAGAAACCUGGGCUUAAAGAUGUCCUUGAAAGCGAGGUAUCCGCCGCCGCUGCAGCAGCCAAAACCAGAUCAGCAAGCACCCCGCAUCUUACAAUGAGGCAGACAGUCUCAAACCCAAAGUCCCCGGCACCACCUCCAGCGAAGACAAUGACUGGUCCGGGCUCACGCACCGUCUCCGAGAGCAAACCAGCAACAUCUUCGGGCAUUUCUCAAUUCUCCAAUAGCAAGCCAAUCCCACAUUCGAUCCGCCAUCAACCUCCUCCAGAACAGGUAUUGGGAUUGAGCAUGUCCGAGAUUGUGGCUCAUCAGCUGGCAGAGAAAGACCUCAUCAAGGAAGCCGCUGCGAAGAGGGAUCUACAAGAAAUUCAAGCUGAGCAGGAGUUUCAAAUGUGGUGGGAGGCCGAGAGCGCGAGGGUGCAAGAAGCCGAGCAGAGAGCUGCGGCCGGUCCUGCAAAGGCGGCGAAGAAACCCAGACCCAGAGGUGGUCGAGGGAGAGGUGGCAAAGGGCGAGGUGGAGGCAAAGCUGUCGCAGGUGGCAGUGCUGAGACAGCUCAAUGA